AUGAAAUAUUUGCUCCAUCAAAAAGCUAGUUUUUUUACUGAAAUAGACUUUCUAGUAUAAAUUCAAAGCUACAGUGGUAUACAUGAACGCUUGGAGAACACUGUGAUAAAAACUGGAUAUAUUUUAAACAACUUUUGAAAGAGUUUUUAGUGGAUGAAAUAUCUGGAUUUCAGUUGAUCAACUAGGAACCAUUUUAAGUGCAUAAAGCAGGAUAGACCUUUUUAUAACAUAGCCAAUUAUUACAGCCAACAUAGGCUAGCAAAGGGCUAUAGUAAUUACCUGAAUUAGAACUAACAGGUCCUACAGUAAUUACCUAAAUUUGAACUAACAGGUAUUUACAAUGGAAAACCCAACAAUGACAUUGACACAGUUGCUGCCAGAUACACAAACACAGGCUUUGGCAGAUGUUGAACCAGAGCAUAUUUGUACACAUGGAAAUUGUCUCAAUGACUCUACAGUAUCAUCAGAUUCUGACACAAAUCAGAAUACAAUUUCACUUAACGAUGGACUUAUAGCAUCAGGACAGGAUAGCCCUCGGCGUGUAGAUAAUGUUGUCAUGAUGAUUCCUGACUCUCAGCCUCCUGAUUCUCCAGGAACAUCCCCUCAACCUGCGCGCCGUUCAACACGUAUUACUGCUAAACGACAUCCCAAGACCCCCAGGACCCCACACACCACGCAAAGGAAGAGAGGACGUCCCGCCAAAACCAUGUCACAGCCAAAUCCAACACGCACAUUGAAUCGUAAUGCUAAGGCGAAUAGCAAUAUUGAUCUUAAUAACCUCAUGUCAACUGUCUUGGACAUACAGACCACAGUUAACACCUUGAAACAGUUGAACGAUACAAAUAGUGAACUUGUUAAACAACUCGCUCGUAAAACUGCAGAUAAUGAGGAACUUCAUAAAGAAUUGAAUGACCUUAGAAAAACCGUGAACAAACUAAAGGAAGUGAAGCAUGCCCCGCAGCCAAACCCCAAAUCCCUCAUAAUAGGUUCAUCAAUUAUCCGGGACAUAGAUGAAACAAAGCUCAUUGAUACCGAAGUGGACUGUAUUCGUGGAGGCAAAAUAGCUACCAUACACAACAAACUUCUCAAGAAAAAAGAGAAGUAUGACCACAUCUAUCUGCAAGUUGCCAGUAACGAUUGCGCCGAAAGAGACGAUGUGAAACUAAUAUCUGAGGAUUAUGCCCUUCUCAUUAAGACAGCAAAACAGCUUUGCAAUAGCCUCACCGUAUCCAGUGUAACCCCCCGUCUAAAUGAUCUGACUGUGCAAGAACGAAUCAACCAGCUUAACGGUUUCUUGUUAUGCCACUGCCAGGAUGAGGCUGUAACAUUCAACGACAAUGACAUUAACUUCAAGCUUCGCGACGAGUCUAUCAAUAACGGAUACCUAUGUCCAGAUAAACUGCAUCUAAGUGACGCUGGAACCAAUAGUUUGGUUAAAAACCUCAAACUGAAAACCACAUGUGAUGAUGUCACUUUACCCCGUAACAAAAGGAACAGCCCUCAAACUAAGACCAGCCGCAAGGAACAUCAACCAAAGAACCCUCCAACGACAACUUCAACACUUACAUCAACCAACACAAGACAAUCAGGAUAUAUCAACACCAACAAGCCAAGAUCCAUGAACACUUAUACACAAAAUCGUAACAGCACCAAUAAGGACAUGUCCUGCAAUAAAUGUGGGGAGAGUCAUCUCCCUUCCACAUGUUGGCACCCAACCGCUGUACGCUGCCAUUUUUGUAAAACAAUUGGACACAAACAAUCACGAUGCCCCAAUAAACCCAAUGAUAUUCCUCCUGCAAGGGGUCAUUUAAAUGUCAUGAAGGACAAUCAUUAUGUUAAUCGUGUCCAGUCUUUUGAAUAUGAUCAUCAGAACAAUGACUUUCUUGGAAAUAAUAGGUUUUCCGUACUUACCCAUUAUUAGAGUAACGGCAAUGAGUCUGCCUUAUCCCCCAAUGUCACGAAAGAUAAAGCCUCAUUCCCCAAUGAUAUAAAAACCCGACAUCGAAGGUCUAAACGCAGCCGUAAGGCUAAAUGCCAAAAUGACAAUCUCAGUGUUACAUUUGCUUAUAACAAUGUAAAUAUUUUAGGUAAAGCUAAGCAGCAAGAGCUGAAACAUUUGCUAGAAACAAAUGACAUAACAUUAAUGGCUGUUGCGGAAACAUUUUUUAAUGACAAACGUCCUCUUAUUGUUAAAAGUAAUAAUCAUAAAUGGUACGAUAAAAACCGCGCUAAAUCUGAAGGUGGGGGAAUUGGAUUUUUUGUUUCUUCUGAAAACUGCAAAGUACUUAAUGACGACCUUUUGAGCUCAAAAAGGGAUGAUUUCGAACGAUACUGGAUCCGGGUAAAAAUACAUGAUCAAACUUUAAGUGUUGGUAUUACCUAUUAUCCUAAUGAUGGU